CAGGUAUUUUUCUAUGUUAAGACUCAGAACCAGAGUCAAGCUGCCACGACGACAACAACGACGACAACCACUAGUGACACGCAGCCGACAACGACGGAGGCAAAAUCUGAGGAGAAGGCUGAAGAGCCGAAAAAGAGUGCUGCUGAUAUCGCAAAGGAAAUGUUGAAAUGGGCGAAGAAGCAGGAAAAGGCCACUAAAGUGCAGAUGUCCUUAAAACCACUAGUGAAGCCAUUGGAGACAAAAAGUGCAUUCGAUGCAGCUGGUGGAAGUGGGGCUAAUGUUGCGCAUAAAAUGCUUGAAAAGAGCCAACACGCCCUUGCACAUGUUAAUGACUCUGAUGAGGAGGAAGAAGGAUCAGGGGAUGAAAAGAAGAAGAACUCCACGGAUGAUGUCCAUGCCGCAGUCGAACAGUGCCAUUCUGUGGAUGAUGCUCCUGUACCACCAAGACGUCAUAUUCCAACAGCUCAAGAACAUCGUGAAAUGAUGGAACGAGCUUUAGUAGAUGAAGCAAAAAAAAUGUGUUUGUUAUGCAAGAGGGCAUUCCCUAGUGUUGACGUACUUCGCAAACAUGUAGAGAAGAGUGAACUACAUAAGAAGAACCUGCAAGAAAAACAAAUUGAAUGGGGAAGACAGUACGUAACAGCUAUGAUGGAAGGCCACGGAGAUCAAGCAUUACCUUUCCCACCACCACAAGAGCAGAAAAUUGUUUAUAGGGAUAGAGCUAAAGAGAGAAGAGAAGCAUUUGGAUUAGAUCCCGGAGUGUCAGAUUAUCGUAUGAACGAAUUCGGUGGACGUAGCGAAGAAGCGCUGCGAAAGGAGUCAGAAAUGGCAAUGAUGCGACCACUUGGUGCUGAUAAUAUAGGAAGUAGGCUACUGAAAGGAAUGGGGUGGAGAGAAGGAAUGGGUGUUGGAAGAAAUGGACAAGGUCGGUGA